UGACCAGAGGGAGCAGCUAGUCUAUGAGGUGAAUGCGCCGGGUUAAAUUAGCUUAAAAAAGUCAAAAAUUUACGCGUGUGUAAUUAAUAACCAGUAACUUCAGCUGCAAGAAACAGUCAAAAGUCAUGGAUCCACGAAAAUUAACGGAAUUACUUCGUGCAACGAUUGAACCCGCUCAACAGAAACAAGCUGAAGAACAACUUAAUCAGGUUCACAAAAUUAUUGGAUUUGCUCCCAGUCUUCUGCAAGUAAUUAUGUCAACGGAGGUGGAACCUCCUGUUAGACAAGCUGGUGUUAUAUACUUGAAAAAUUUAAUUAUUACCAAUUGGGUAGACCGUGAACCUGAAAAUGGAGUGCAACCAUUCAGUAUUCAUGAACAAGACAGAGCUAUGAUACGUGAUGCCAUAGUUGAUGCUGUGGUACAUGCUCCGGAGUUGAUACGAGUUCAGCUAGCUACAUGUAUUAGCAAUAUUGUGAAACAUGACUUUCCCGGGCGUUGGACACAAAUAGUAGAUAAAAUUACUAUUUAUCUUCAAAAUCCUGAUGCUUCUUGUUGGCCUGGUGUACUUUUGGCUCUAUAUCAGCUCGUUAAAAAUUUUGAAUAUAAAAAACCUGAAGAACGUGGACCGUUAAACGAAGCAAUGAAUUUAUUGUUUCCUAUGAUUUACCAAUUGAUAUUACGUUUGCUACCUGAUCCAUCAGAACAAUCAGUUUUAUUACAAAAACAAAUCUUAAAGAUAUUUUUUGCAUUAACACAGCAUUCCCUUCCUUUGGAUUUAAUAUCAAAGGAAGUAUUUUCUCAGUGGAUGGAUGUCAUAAGACAAGUUGCUGAUAGACCAGUUCCACCUGAAACAAAUAAUCCAGAUCUUGAUGAAGAUGAAAGAGCCGAAUUAGCUUGGUGGAAGUGUAAAAAAUGGGCUCUUCAUAUUCUUUUCAGAGUAUUUGAAAGAUAUGGAAGUCCAGGAAAUGUAACCAAAGAAUAUAAAGAAUUUUCGGAAUGGUAUCUGCAAACAUUUAGUGGUGGAAUUUUGGAAGUUUUACUGAAAAUUUUAGAUCAAUAUCGUCGUAAAAUAUAUGUAUCGCCAAGAGUUAUUCAACAAUCAAUUAACUACAUAAAUCAAGGAGUUAGUCAUGCGUAUUCAUGGAAGUUCUUAAAACCUCACAUGUUUGAAAUCAUAAGAGAUGUUUUGUUUCCUAUUUUAUCGUAUUCAGCAGCUGAUGAAGAACUGUGGAACAGUGACCCUCAUGAAUAUAUACGAGUUAAAUUUGAUAUUUUCGAAGAUUUUGUAUCUCCAGUGACCGCUGCACAAACUCUGCUUCAUUCGGCUUGUAAAAAACGACGAGAUAUGUUACAAAAAACAAUGCAGUUUUGUGUAGAAGUAUUACAAUCUCCUAAUGCUGAUCCUCGGCAAAAAGAUGGUGCCCUUCAUAUGAUUGGAAGCCUAGCAGAUAUUUUGUUAAAGAAAAAAAUAUAUAAAGAACAAAUGGAUAAAAUGGUUUUACAAUAUGUUUUUCCAGAAUUUAAUAGUCCACAUGGGCAUAUGAGAGCCAGAGCUUGUUGGGUUUUGCAUUAUUUUUCGAAAAUAAAAUUCAAACAGGAAGCUAUAUUAAUAGAAGCCAUACGUCUUACAACAAAUGCCCUACUCUCAGACAAAGAUCUUCCCGUGAAAGUUGAAGCGGCCAUAGGGUUACAGUCUUUAUUAAGUGCUCAACCUAAAGCUCAAAAGUAUAUUGAACCACUGAUAAAGCAGAUAACUCUUGAACUUUUAAAUAUAAUCAGAGAAACUGAAAAUGAUGAUUUAACAUUGGUUAUGCAAAAAAUUGUCUGUACUUACACAAAACAAUUAAUGCCAAUUGCUGUAGAAAUUUGUCAACAUUUAGCUGCAACCUUUAGCCAAGUUCUUGAAACAGAUGAAGGAAGUGACGAAAAAGCUAUUAUGGCAAUGGGUUUACUAAAUACGAUAGCCACUUUAUUAUCAGUAAUGGAAAAUCAACCACAAAUAAUGGCACAAUUACAGCCAACUGUCCUUCAAGUCGUUGCUCAUAUUUUUGGUCAAAGCGUGAUUGAAUUUUAUGAAGAAGCUUUGUCACUAGUGUAUGAUUUGACUGGAAAAUUUAUUUCUGAAGAUAUGUGGAAAGUUCUUGAACUUAUGUAUCAACUUUUCCAAAAAGACGGGUUUGAUUACUUCACAGAUAUGAUGCCUGCACUUCAUAAUUAUAUCACAGUUGAUACACCAGCGUUCCUUUCAAAUGAAAAUCAUGUUUUAGCUAUGUUCAACAUGUGUAAAGCUAUUCUGACCAGUGAUGCCGGUGAAGAUCCUGAGAGUCAUGCUGCUAAAUUAUUAGAAGUAAUCAUUUUACAAUGUAAAGGACAUAUUGAUCAGUGUAUUCCAUCGUUGGUUCAAUUAGUUCUUGAAAGAUUGACGCGGCAAGUAAAGACUUCAGAAUUGAGAACGAUGUGCUUACAAGUGGUAAUUGCUGCGCUCUAUUAUAAUCCUGCUCUGUGCCUCGAUGUAAUGGAUAGAUUACAAGGAACAUUAGGACAAUCUACCGAACCAAUUGCUUCACAUUUUAUAAAACAAUGGAUUCAUGAUACUGACUGUUUUCUGGGUUUGCAUGACCGUAAACUUUGUGUUUUAGGACUUUGCACUCUUAUAAGCAUGGGGCCUGCUAGACCGCAGGCUGUUAAUGAGUGCGCCGAACAAAUUAUUCCCUCUUUAAUACUCUUAUUCGACGGCUUAAAACGAGCAUAUGCUGCCAAGGUUGCUGAAGACGAAGAAGACCAAGAAGAUGAAGAAGAAAGUGAUAUUGAAGAAGAAGUUUUAUCGUCAGAUGAAGAUGAAAUCGACGAUGCUAGUCAAGAAUAUCUUGAGAAACUUCAAGAAAAAGUAACUAGAUCGUCUGCUCAGCAUGGAUAUAAUAUUAAUGCAUCGAUCCAAGAUGGAGAUCACAGAUCUGACGAUGAGGACGAUGAUGAUUCAGACUUUGAAGCAAAUGAAGAAACAGCUCUAGAAUGCUAUAUCACCCCUCUGGAUUAUGAUGAUACUAAUCAAGAUGAAUACGUAGUUUUCAAAGAAGUUAUGCAAAAUAUUGAAAGAACUGAUCCGUCAUGGUAUGGAGCUUUGACAAAUCAUUUAACACCUGAACAACAAAAGGCCCUUCAAGAAGUAAUAUUGCUUGCAGAUCAACGUAAAGCAGUUCUAGAGAGUAAAAGAAUUGAACAAAGUGGCGGAUAUGCUUUUCACUCACAGACUGUGCCGACGUCAUUUAAUUUCGGUGGAACGCCUUUAGGUCGAUAAAACAUUAUCUAAGUGUUUUUAUUCUAGACUAAUAAAUAACUAAAAUAUAAAUAAUAAAUUUUACGAUAAAUAAUUUCAAAUAAAAGUGAAGAAAGGAAAAAUGAAAUCUAAAUUUACAUUAAGCACGCAAUUGUAAACAUGACUAUUUUCCAAACAUUAUGCAUUUUCUAUUUGCUACUCUUAUGUAAAAUGGAUCAUUGUAAAUUACUGAACAUACUCGGAAGUGGUUGUUUGACGUUCCGAAGUAGAUUACUUCUAAUAAUACAUAUUUACCGAUGACAAAUUAAUUCAGUUUAUUACGUAGAAACAUGAUAACGAUCAAAGCUCGAAGUACUUUUGUACAUUAUACAGAUAUAAAUUUUAUUCGGAAAUUAUUUGUUCAAUUUUAAUUAAACAUUAUCUAUUUAUUAAAAGAUAAAAAAAUGUUUUGAACAUUAAAUUAUUUUUUUUUUUGUUUUCAUUAAUAGUAAAACUAUUACAAAAAUUUUAGUUCAAAUAUUAAUUUUUUGCAUCCAAUUUACAAUGAACUCAAAAAGUUUUUAUUCUUGAUUUUGAUAAUAUCUGUUAGAUCAAUUCCCGCCGAAAAAUUUAAUUUGUAAUAUUUGUUACAAGUAUAUUGAAUCGUUAAAAAAAUAUAUCAUACUAGAUUUUUAAAAAUAAUUCUACUAAUGAAAUGAAUUUUUAUUCUUUCUUGUUAUAAAUCUUUAAUAGACCAUCUCAUCGAUAAAUAAGUCUUUGAAAGCAAAGUGUAUAUAAAAGGACAGUACAAGGAAUAAAUUUGCUUUAGAGUGCAAA